CCCGGGGGGUGGGAGGCCAGUCCUGCCGCCCCCCGGCUCGGGGGUCGGGGCGGCUGCGGAGCGAAGCGGGAGGCGGCCGGGCUGCUGCUAAGCCGCUUAGGGCCGGGGCUGGCAUGAGCCUCCCCGGCGGGGCGGCUGCGGGCUGCGCGCUGCGGCGGGGAGGCUGAGGGCGCGGAGCCGCCGCCGCCGGCGGGGGCUGGCGGUCCGUCCCUGAGGAGGCGGAGGGGGAGCCCCGCUCCCCGGGGGGGAAGAUGGGGAACUGCCUCAAGUCCCCCACCUCGGAUGACAUCUCGCUGCUCCACGAGUCCCAGUCGGACAGAGCCAGCUACGGGGACGGGGCUGAGCCGGAUCAGGAGCCGCCGCCGCCAUAUCAGGAGCAGGUCCCUGUUCCUGUUUAUCACCCGACUCCUAGCCAGACUCGGCUAGCAACACAGCUGACAGAAGAGGAACAAAUCAGGAUAGCGCAGAGGAUAGGCCUUAUUCAGCAUCUACCUAAAGGAGUCUAUGAUCCUGGAAGAGAUGGCUCCGAGAAGAAGAUCAGAGAAUGUGUCAUUUGUAUGAUGGACUUUGUUUAUGGGGACCCUAUCCGAUUUCUGCCGUGCAUGCACAUCUACCACCUGGACUGUAUAGAUGACUGGUUGAUGAGAUCCUUUACCUGUCCAUCCUGCAUGGAGCCAGUGGAUGCAGCACUGCUUUCAUCAUAUGAGACUAACUGAGCCAGGGUUUCUCCACUGAACCUUCAAGGAGACCAUCCACUUUAAUGGGUUUGAUCCUUUUGUCAUUCAGCCCAAAGAGCCAGGAAUUAGGAAUUAAGAUCAUGCACAAAGUAUACAUUUCCUAAUAAAUAAAUAAAAAAUAUUCCUGAAUGGCUGCAAAUAUUGGAAAAAACAUAGUAUUUUAGAGACUAUAGAAAAGUAGGUUGUUAUUUUUAAUGUAAAGCCUUGACCCACCAUUGUCUUUUAAUGUUUGUUCUUACACCCAUAUAUAGGAAUUGUGUAAAGUGUUACAGCAACUGUAAAUGUUUAAACUGCGUGUAUCCAAUUUUAUUAGCAGCAAGAUAAGAGUAUUUUUUUCCUAAAUAAAGUAACCAGUUUUGUUCUGA